AUGAAAUCACAGAAGUCUGAAGCUUCCCGGAAAAGUAAGAGACUAGCAGAGAAGAUGACAGCCAAAGCUAAGUCCGACGGUAGUCUAAAUGAAAACACGGUUUCUUCUAAGGGAUCAAAAGCAAAGUCUGACGUCUAUGAAUCCCUGAAUGCCGACAGCAAGAAGAAAAACUGUGAGAACCGAAGUUCAAGCAAUAAAACGGCAGCAUCAGCUAGAACUGCUAGAAGCAAUAUUUCGCGGAGAAGGAAAGAGGCUGAAAUCGAAGCAAAAAUCAAGAAGACAGCUUUAGAGCAAGAAAUGUUAAAGAAACAACAAGAAAUGGUUGAUCUGGAACUUGCAAGAAAGCUAGUAUUAAUUGAAGAGUGUGAUGAAAAGGAGUUUGGUGAUUCUGGAGAAGAUGAAUGUGAGUCAGUGGUAAGUUACAAAGCAAAUAUCCAAAAAUGGGUUCAUGAUGGAAAUUGUCCAUGGAACGACAAAGAAACCAAAUUCCAAGACAGUCUUCAAGUAGAAACGUCCCAGAUUGAACAUAAACACAGCCAUCAAAUAGAAGUCGCUGAGGCAUUUAGUUAUUUGCGUCUGACAAAUGAAACGGAAGAACUAUUUUCGACAUAUUUUAACGAAGGGAGGACACCAUCUUGUGCUAAAUUGUACCAAGAAUUAACACUUGAGCAAAGUGAAAAUAACGGAAAUUUCAUUGUGACCUAUUGCAUAGAACGUAAAUUAUCCGUGUACUCGCAUUAA